UGAGAAGCUGAAAUCCAUGGAAAUCAUAAGUCUAAUAAUUAAUUAUUGUUCACUCAACAACUAUCAAUCAAGAUGAUUCGAGCUGCUUUAUUCAUUUCUUUAUUUGCCGUGGCCACUGCAGCUAGCCUUUCACUUGACUCCCAAUGGGAAUCAUUCAAGACUAAAUAUGGCAAAUCUUAUGAAUCGGUUGAAGAAGAAACUUACAGACGAAGUAUUUUCGCCAAGAAAAUGGAAGCGAUCAAGGCUCACAAUGGAAGAGCAGUCAACGGUGAAGUUACAUACAGAAAAGGAAUAAACAAGUUCUCUGAUUUGACCACCGAGGAAUUCAAAGCAAAACAUCUGGGACUAAAAGCAAAACAUCAUGGAUCCAGGUCGAUUGUUCGUCGAUCCGCACCUCUCAUUCACAAUGCGAACUACACGGUCAAAGCUCCAGCCUUUGUUGAUUGGCGAACUAAAGGAGUCGUUAGUAAAGUUAAAGAACAACAGGAAUGUGGUGCGUGCUGGGCUUUCUCUGCCAUCACUGCUAUGGAAGCAGCCAAUGCUCAAAAAACUGGUAAACUUGUUGAACUUUCAGUACAAAACGUUUUGGAUUGCUCAUGGAACUAUAGUACAGAAGGAUGCGCUGGGGGUUGGAUGGAUGAUGCUUUCUUAUAUGUUAAAGACAACAAGGGUAUUGAUACUGAAAAAUCUUAUCCAUACAUUUCUGGUGACGGACAAGAUUACCACACAUGUCGAUACAAUGAAUCCAACAAGGGUGCUUCAAUCGCAUCCUUUGUCGAUAUACCAGAAGGUGAUGAAGAAGCCCUUCUACAUGCAGUUGCUGAACAUGUUGUUGCAGUCGCAAUUGAUGCUGGACCAGUUCAUGAUUAUCAAUCUGGUAUUUUUUAUACGGAUGAGUGCUCAAGCGACCCUGAGGGUAUUAAUCAUGCUGUAGCCGUUGUCGGAUAUGGUUCUGAAAACGGUAUUCCAUUUUGGAUCGUCAGAAACACUUGGGGUACAUUGUUCGGUGAAUCAGGUUACUUCAGAUUGUACAGAGGUAGCAACAUGUGUGGUAUUGCUAAUAAAGCUUCUUAUCCAAUUGUUUAAAUCGUCAAUAACUUUUGUAUGAAUCUGAACUUAUUGAUAGAAUAAAUGUUGAAUAGUUGUUGCAACAACUUAUUCAACACUCUUGUAAAUCACGAACCACAGUGAAAAUUGCGGUCGAAAUUUUGUCAAAGAUUUAGCUGAUUUGUGGUCUCUGCGAAACUUGCUGAUAAAUCGAUUAUUUCAAUUAUUUUGAACCCCAUUUUUCUCGAUUUUAAUAACUCAAUGUGCUUUUCUUUUUGUGGUCAGUAUAUUUUUGGAAUUAGAUUGAUAAUCAUUGGAAUCAUCUAUUCACCAUCACAAUGAUUGAGAACCAUAAACUACAAAACAAUCUCGAU